GCGUGAUCGAUGGAGGAUUUUCGCGGAUACUAUGUCGCGCCUGGAUGAUUUUUUUUUUUUUUAUUUUUUAUAAAUACGAAUUUGGAGUGAAUGGUCAUUUUCGCUCGCUUUUGUAUAUAGAUGUCACUAUAUAACAGAAAAUUGCCUAACAAGCGGUAAACCGGGUUACAUACAUCACACAUUAUCAUUGUCUCGUUUGGUUGAAGAUUCACAGAAAAUCCUACAACAAUGGCUUACAGGAAAGAGAGAGGGUAUGAUGACUUCUUUCAUCCAGAUAGAGGGGGACCGUAUCUAAGAGAUCCAAAUGAAAGGAGGCCAGGUUUUGGCAGACCCAACGGUGAAUACUUCAGAAACUUUGAUUAUGAUGAUAUUCGCUACUCAAAUGGAGGCCCAAGAAGUUACCACAACGAUGAUCAUAGAGGCUACCAUGGUGACAGUGGCCACUUUAUGACCCAGCGCAGAAGUGGGCCACCGCGACGGGAAGAUGGGUUUCUGCACUGCAGAGAACCUAGGGAUGAGCCCUACGGUGGUCGUCACGGAGAUUUCAGGGAUCACCGGGACGGCUUCAGGAGAAAACCGAUGUUCCCCCCUCAUCGAGAACGCUCCCCUUUCAGGAAAGAUGUACCACCCUCUCCUCACAGCCGCUCAGGUUCCAGUCUAAGCAGCAGGAGCUACUCCCCAGAGCGGAGCAAGAGCUACUCCUGCCAGAACCAGCAGAGGAAGAGAUAUGAAGAGUCUUAUAGCCAAGGCAGGGCAGAGUUGGAGAAAGACCGACCCUCCAGCUAUUCAGCAACUUCUCGAGAUGGAUCCCCUCAGAGCUCCACUUCAACAUCCAAGGUAAGCGUGGAUAAAAGCAGUCGGGUUUCAGAUCCCCAUCCAGCAGAGGUGCCGAGUGAAAAGACAGACAAACCACUGGAGCCCAGUGAUGGCUGUGAGGCUCCUGAGGAAUUUCACGAGCCGAGCCGCACCUCCCCUCCUCAGGAGGAGGUCCGCCAGCAGGAGGUAGAGCAGGAAGCACCACUGGCUGCCGAAGAUGAAGAUGCAAGGAUCAAGAGCGAUUUUCAUGAACGGCGUUCUCAAGCCAUUGCCACUAAGGCUCGGGAGAUAGAAAAGGUGUACCGGCAGGACUGUGAGACCUUCGGCAUGGUAGUGAAGAUGCUAGUCGCCAAGGACCCAAGCCUGGAGAAGCAGCUGCAGAAUCCCUUGAGGGAAAACCUGUGUGAGAUCCGGGAACGUUGCCUGGAAGAUCUCAAGCAUUUUAUCUCCGAGCUGGAUGAGGUGGUGCUCCAUUCAGAGGCCCUCCAGUGAGUCCGAAUCAGCACGUCACCUCUUCCCUCCCUGGACAGAUUCCCAGAUGGUCAGCAGUUGCAUUUGCACUGUCCAAAAAACUCAAGCAACAACAGCUUGCAUGUGUUUGGUCCUCUGUGUAUACAGGUCAGUCUUCAACAUUCAGCUCCCUCAUCUGUCAGUAUGACAACCAACAGUUUUUGAACCUGUUCAUUAAAAUAAAGGUGUGCAUGCAUGCACACGCGUGCACAGACACACACACACCAUGAAGGCUGGAACUGUGUCUUUAUCUGCAGUAUAUCAGAAGUCUCCACCGUACCUUUAUGUGUUACAUUUAUCGCCUUUACAAAAUCUUCAUUUUGACACCUAUGUUUUAAUACUUGUUGUUUCUAUCAAAACUGACGUACGUACUUGUGUAAUUUUUAUAUUGUGAUGUGAGUACAGAAAAAAUAAAU